GUGUGUACUGUCCGUGAUGUCAGAGUUCGGCGUGGAGGAGAGUGACGCGAGUGCGUGAUGACGUCGCGCGGAGAUGAUGAUGAAUGAAAAGAUGAUGAUGAUGAUGAUGACAGACAGAAGGAGAGAGACACAGAUGUGAGAGAGCGCGACGGAUUGAUGGAAACGAUGCAGAUGACGGAGGAGCGCUAAGGGGUUGUUGAUAUUCAGCAUCAGUGUGUGUGUGUGUGUGUGCGUGUGUAGGCUAUGUGUGUCCGCACGCGACGCGUUAUUCUUCUCCAGCAUGAGGAGCGUUGAGAGUCAGCGAGCGAGCGGAACGACUCGAUUUACGGCGCACUGAAUCUCACUCGCGCGAAUAGCAGGACACACACACACACACGGAGAUCCGCGAGCAGCAAAAUGGGAGAACAGCCAAUCUUUAGCACCAGAGCUCACGUCUUCCAGAUCGACCCCAACACGAAGAAGAACUGGGUCCCCACCAGCAAACACGCCGUCACUGUCUCGUACUUCUACGACAGCACACGCAACGUGUACCGCAUCAUCAGCCUCGACGGGUCAAAGGCCAUCAUUAACAGCACCAUCACCCCGAACAUGACCUUUACCAAGACCUCGCACAAGUUUGGGCAAUGGGCGGACAGCCGGGCCAACACCGUCUACGGCCUGGGCUUCUCCUCCGAGGCGCUGCUCAGCAAAUUUGCUGAGAAGUUUGCGGAGUUCAAAGAAGCCGCGCGAUUAGCGAAAGAGAAAUCUCAGGAGAAGAUGGAGCUGACCAGUUCACCUUCACAGCGCAAACCUGUGUCGUGCUUCCCGCGCUUCAAGAUCCGUGGUGCGUCAAAGGAAUCGGCGCCGGGUGAUCUUCAGUCUCCUGUGACUCCAGAGAGCAUCAACGGGACAGACGAGAGAGUGACGCCUGACGCCGAGAGCCGAGCUCACACUCCGAGCUCACACACUCUGAGCUCGUACACUCCGAGCUUACACACAGCGAGCUCACACACAUCUGAGCUCAACGCCGUGCCGUUCCCACACAGUUCGACGUCCAUCACCAAACACUGGGAGGCGGAGCUAGCGGCUCUGAAGGGGAACAACGCCAAGCUAACAGCCGCCCUGCUCGAGUCCACCGCUAACGUCAAGCAGUGGAAGCAGCAGCUAGCGGCAUAUCAGGACGAGGCCGAGCGGCUCCACACACGGGUGACGGAACUGGAGUGUGUCAGUGGACAGACGGCCGGCAUCAAAACACAGAAAACCGAGCUGAACCAGACCAUCGAGGAGCUGGAGGCUGAGCUGAAGGCCAAGGAGGAGGAACUUGAAAAGCUGAAGGAGGAAGUGGAGAAUGCAGACCGACUGCAAGCGCAGAGAGACUCUCUGGCUCAGAGGCUGCAGGACACACAGCUGAGGAACUCUGAUCUGGAGACAAGGCUGUCUAUACUCGAGGAGCGUCUGGAGAAUGGAAGGAUGGAGGACGAGAGUUUCCGGAAGAGUCUCCGCUCAAUCCUGGAGCUGCUGGACGGGAAGAUCCUCGAGCUUACUGAGCUGAGAGACAGUCUAAGCAAACUCAUCAGCUAGAUCACACACACACACACUGCUGGGCGGGAAGAUCCUCGAGCUGACGGAGCUGAGAGACAGUCUGAGCAAACGCAUCAGCUAGAUCACACACACACACACACUCUCUCUCACACACACAUACACUGCUGGACGGGAAGAUCCUCGAGCUGACGGAGCUGAGAGGCAGUCUGAGCAAACGCAUCAGCUAGAUCACACUCUCACACACACACACACUGUGAAUCUCCUCCGCGUGUGUUUUCUGCUGUAAAGACUCCUGUUCUUCUCUUCGAUCUGCGAAUGGUUGACGAUUCCUGCAAACCUGCUUCAGAAACACUCGAACUUCCACAAUCUGAGCAAUACGAGACACACACGUUCAGUCACACUAUCAGGUAUUUUGUGUCUCACACACUCUUUCCCUCUGAGAUCUUUACACAUGAGCAGUUUCUGCACUACACUGUUCUGUUGCUCUUCGUGGAGAGCACAUGUUUACUUCCUACUCUAUGGUUUAUGCUUAUUUAUUGUAAAAAAAAUAAAUAAAUAUAUAUAUAUAUAUAUAUUCUAAUCACAGUGGCUGCAUACGUAGAUAUUUCAUGUACAAUCAUGUUUGUUUUCAUUUUUUCCCCUUUGUUUUUAUUCUUCGCACUGUGGAAAUAUGGUUGUUUUGUAAAUGUGGGGAUAAACGGGCAAUAUUUUUGAACUAUUUAAAAGGCAAAUGUGUCAAAAGUGAAAGCAACUCAGACUUGAUUCUGCAGUGUGUGUGUGUGUGUGUGUUUCUGCCCUUCUGAGGGAAAACUGUUGCCAAAAACCCAGAGUGUGUUUGAAGAACUUCAAGGGCUUGCACUGGUUUCUGACACACGGGACGGCUUUAUUAUAAUUAUUAUUAUUGUGUUUCAUUUAUGAGCCCAUGUGACAUAAUGAGGCUCAGAUUCCUUUGGAUAAUGAUAUUGAUUAAACACACUUCAACACCUGUAAUUCUGAGUUUAUAGUAAAAUUAAAUUGGAAAAAUCCUCAACACGUUGUUGUGUGUGUAUGUGUGUGUGUAAAAGGUUGAUAUUUCUGUGGAAGCUCGUUUCUGCCACGGACAAUAAAGCAUAAAACAUUCAGUCA